GCAAAAAAAAAUCCUGACUAGGUAGCCUUGGGCCUUUUCUGUGCAAGAGAAUCUAAGGAGAGAGAAAGAUUUCUGCAACUGAAGGGACAGUCGGGGAAUAUUAAAUUUAAGAUAUUAACGCCCGCCCUGGCUCACAGGAGUGUGGUGAUAGGGGUGAGUAAGGGCCUUAGCGUUGAGAGCCGAAGAGUAAAAAACCAUUAGUUUCGGCGCCAGGCGUUUUGAAAGGCUUCUGUUUUCGUCGUAUUUCUCUCCUGACUACUGACUGGUUUAAACACGACCCCUGAACAAAUAUCGAUAAACCUUCGAGCCCGCAGCCCCACCUUGCAGCGCGUAGGAGCCGCCAGCGUGCCGGGCAGCGAGCCCUCCCCUCCGUCCCUCCAGGAGAGCCUAGCGCGUGCGCUCCCCCACCUUCUGGCCUCCCUCCCCGUCUACGGCUUCCACGCACUCGCAGUGAUUGUUUUGCCCGCUCCCGCCGCCGCCGCCGCCGCCGCCGCCAGAGGAGCAGCAGCGCUUGUGCAAACCGGGAAGAUGGCGGCCGGCGGCGGCGGAGGCAGCAGUAAGGCCUCCUCCUCGUCAGCCUCUUCGGCAGGGGCUCUGGAGUCCUCGUUGGAUCGAAAAUUCCAGUCGGUAACCAACACCAUGGAAUCCAUUCAAGGCUUGUCGUCUUGGUGUAUAGAGAACAAGAAACACCACAGCACUAUCGUCUACCAUUGGAUGAAGUGGCUCCGGAGAUCUGCAUAUCCCCACCGUUUGAAUCUCUUUUACCUUGCCAAUGAUGUCAUACAGAACUGUAAACGGAAAAAUGCAAUCAUAUUCCGUGAAUCGUUUGCUGAUGUACUUCCUGAAGCAGCUGCUCUAGUGAAGGAUCCAUCUGUCUCCAAGUCUGUAGAACGAAUCUUUAAAAUCUGGGAAGAUAGAAAUGUAUACCCAGAAGAAAUGAUUGUGGCAUUGAGAGAGGCUUUGAGUACCAGUUUCAAAACUCAGAAGCAGCUGAAAGAAAAUCUGAACAAACAACCGAAUAAGCAGUGGAAGAAAUCACAAACAUCCACGAAUCCAAAAGCUGCUCUCAAGUCUAAGAUAGUUGCUGAGUUUCGAUCUCAGGCCCUCAUUGAAGAACUGUUGCUAUAUAAGCGCUCAGAAGAUCAGAUAGAAUUAAAGGAGAAACAGUUGUCAACUAUGAGGGUGGAUGUAUGCAGCACAGAAACCCUCAAAUGCUUAAAAGAUAAAACUGGGGGGAAGAAAUUCUCCAAAGAAUUUGAAGAGGCAAGCUCUAAGCUGGAAGAAUUUGUGAAUGGACUGGAUAAGCAGGUGAAAAAUGGGCCUUCACUAACAGAAGCACUGGAAAAUGCUGGAAUUUUCUAUGAAGCACAGUAUAAGGAAGUAAAAGUUGUGGCCAAUGCAUACAAAACCUUUGCUAACCGAGUAAACAAUUUAAAGAAGAAAUUGGAUCAGUUGAAGUCAACCCUUCCUGAUCCUGAAGAAUCACCAGUCCCUUCCCCAAGUAUGGAUGCUCCCUCCCCAACUGGUUCGGAGUCUCCAUUUCAGGGAAUGGGAGGUGAGGAAUCCCAGUCACCAACAAUGGAGAGUGAGAAAUCUGCUACACCUGAACCUGUGACUGAUAAUCGUGAUGUGGAAGAUAUGGAACUCUCAGAUGUAGAAGAUGAUGGGUCAAAAAUCAUUGUGGAGGACAGGAAGGAAAAACCUGUGGAGAAGUCAGCUGUCUCUACUUCUGUACCUACAAAGCCAACAGAAACUCUCCCAAAGGCCUCUUCCUGUACCCCAGUGCCUGUGACCAUGACAGCAACCCCACCUCUUCCAAAGCCUGUGAAUACUUCUCUGCUGUCCCCGUCCCCAGCUUUGGCUUUGCCCAACCUGGCUAACGUGGAUCUGGCAAAGAUUAGUUCCAUCCUUAGCAGCCUAACAUCAGUCAUGAAAAAUACUGGGGUCAGUCCUGCAUCAAGACCUUCUCCAGGAACUCCUACCAGUCCCAGCAACCUCACCAGUGGCCUGAAAACACCUGCACCUACCACAACAACAUCUCACAACCCUCUGGCAAAUAUCCUCUCCAAGGUGGAGAUCACCCCAGAGAGCAUUCUAUCUGCUCUUUCCAAAACCCAGACACAGUCAGCCCCUGCACUACAAGGCCUGUCAUCUUUACUUCAGAGUGUUACUGGGAACCCAGUUCCAUCCAGUGAAGCUGCAUCUCAGAGCACAUCAGCUUCCCCUGCCAAUACCACAGUCUCUACCAUAAAAGGAAGAAAUGUGUCCUCUAAUACCCAAUCUUUUAUUCCCAAAAGCUUCAACUAUUCUCCUAAUUCAUCAGCUUCUGAAGUCUCUUCAACUUCAGCCAGCAAGACAUCAAUUGGGCAAAGUCCAGGGCUUCCAAGCACUACAUUUAAACUGCCAUCCAACUCUUUAGGGUUUGCAGGUACCCACAGUACUAGCCCUGCUGCCCCGCCGACCGAAGUUGCCAUGUGCCAAUCUUCAGAGAUCUCCAAGCCAAAACUGGAGUCAGAGUCCACCUCCCCAAGCCUGGAAAUGAAGAUCCACAACUUCUUAAAAGGUAAUCCUGGUUUCAGUGGCUUAAACUUAAAUAUCCCAAUCCUGAGCAGUUUGGGGUCCAGUGCCCCAUCCGAGAGCCAUCCCUCAGACUUCCAGCGUGGCCCUACUAGCACUUCAAUCGACAACAUUGAUGGAACCCCUGUACGGGAUGAACGGAGUGGAACACCCACCCAGGAUGAGAUGAUGGACAAGCCUACGUCCAGCAGUGUAGAUACUAUGUCCCUGCUUUCUAAGAUCAUUAGCCCGGGUUCUUCAACACCCAGCAGUACAAGAUCACCACCCCCUGGGAGAGAUGAAAACUACCCCCGGGAGCUCUCCAAUUCUGUAUCUACAUAUCGACCCUUUGGCCUGGGCAGCGAAUCUCCCUAUAAGCAACCUUCUGAUGGAAUGGAGAGACCGUCUUCCCUGAUGGACUCUUCACAGGAAAAAUUCUAUCCAGAUACUUCUUUCCAUGAAGAUGAAGAUUACCGAGAUUUUGAGUACUCAGGGCCUCCACCUUCUGCUAUGAUGAACCUGGAGAAGAAACCAGCCAAAUCUAUCCUCAAGUCCAGCAAGGUGUCUGAUGCCCCGGAGUACCAGCCAAUCCUGUCCAGUUAUAGCCACAGGGCCCAAGAAUUUGGGGUAAAGUCAGCCUUCCCUCCAUCUGUAAGAGCCCUCCUGGACUCUAGUGAGAACUGUGACCGUCUGGCUUCUUCCCCUGGGCUCUUUGGUGCCUUCAGCAUAAGAGGGAACGAACCUGGGUCUGACCGGUCACCAUCACCGAGUAAGAAUGAUUCAUUUUUCACCCCUGACUCCAACCACAAUAGCUUGUCUCAGUCUACCACUGGGCAUCUCAGUUUGCCACAGAAGCAGUACCCAGACUCUCCUCACCCAGUCCCACAUCGUUCCCUUUUCUCUCCGCAGAAUACCCUCGCUGCUCCCACGGGCCACCCACCCACGUCAGGCGUGGAGAAAGUCCUGGCCUCCACCAUUUCCACCACGUCGACGAUUGAGUUUAAGAAUAUGCUUAAAAACGCCUCACGCAAGCCCUCAGAUGACAAGCAUUUUGGCCAGACCCCCAACAAGGGCACUUCAAGUGAUGGUGUCGGUCUCUCUAACCUCACCCAGCCCAGCUUGACUCCCGCUGACCAGCAGCAGCAAGAAGAGCACUACCGCAUAGAAACCCGCGUGUCCUCCUCCUGCCUAGACUUGCCUGAUAGCACAGAAGAAAAAGGGGCCCCGAUAGAAACUCUGGGUUACCAUAAUGCCGCUAAUAGAAGGAUGUCGGGGGAGCCGAUACAGACCGUAGAGUCCAUCCGAGUUCCUGGGAAGGGGAAUAGAGGACAUGGGCGCGAGGCUUCAAGGGUGGGCUGGUUCGACCUGAGCACAUCGGGCAGCUCUUUUGACAAUGGCCCCUCAAGUGCCUCUGAUUUGGCAUCCCUUGGGGGUGGGGGCAGCGGAGGCCUCACUGGCUUUAAAACAACACCAUACAAGGAACGGGCACCCCAGUUUCAGGAGAGUGUCGGCAACUUUCGUUCCAACAGUUUCAACUCAACAUUUGAGCAUCAUCUCCCCCCGUCCCCCUUGGAACAUGGGACACCCUUCCAGAGAGAGCCAGUGGGGCCGUCAUCUGCCCCACCUGCCCCUCCUAAGGAUCACAGUGGUAUCUUCUCUCGAGAUGCGCCCGCUCACCUGCCCUCUGUGGAUCUUACGAAUCCCUUCACAAAGGAGGCAGCCCUGGCCCAUGCUGCCCCACCGCCUCCUCCUGGGGAGCACAGCGGAGUUCCCUUCCCUGCCCCGCCCCCUCCUCCGCCCCCCAGGGAACAUAGCAGCAGUGGUGGGAGUGGUGUCCCCUUUUCUACUCCGCCCCCUCCUCCACCCCCUGUUGACCACUCUGGAGUUGUACCCUUCCCAACCCCUCCACUGGCAGAGCACGGAGUGGCAGGGGCUGUGGCAGUGUUCCCCAAGGACCAUAGCUCCCUCCUUCAAGGGACCCUGGCUGAGCAUUUUGGGGUGCUCGCAGGACCCAGGGACCAUGGGGGCCCCACCCAACGGGACCUCAACGGCCCUGGCCUUAGCCGUGUGCGGGAGAGCCUGAGCCUACCCGCCCACUCUCUGGAGCACCUGGGCCCAGCUCAUGGAGGAGGUGGGGGAGGCGGCACCAGCGGCAGUGGCCCCCCCUUGGGUCCCUCACACAGAGACACCAUCAACCGGAGUGGUAUGAUUUUACGGAGUCCCCGGCCAGACUUUCGGCCUCGGGAACCUUUUCUCGGCAGAGACCCAUUCCACAGUUUAAAGAGACCCAGGCCACCUUUCGCUAGGGGCCCUCCGUUCUUUGCACCAAAACGCCCGUUCUUCCCUCCCAGGUACUGAUGGAAACCAAGGGAAAGGAGCAUUUUGAACAGUCUAGAGAGCAUUGCAAGUAGGAGUUUGGUUUAUUGCUGUUUUUAUUUGUUUUCCCUCCCUUGAUUUAUUUUUUUUUAUUAUGAUAAAGGGCCUCCCUUCCAAAUUAAAAAGUCAUCUCUGCUUAAAUUUUACUAUUCCAUCCAGUCCCUCCUCCGACAGCACUUACUUCCUUCUCCAAGCUAUUUGUAUUUAAGAAAGAAACACAACCAAAGCCACUUCAUUUGGCUGGGGGCUUGGGGAGUGGGGAGGAAACAAUCUUUAUUUUAUCCCAUCUAUUAAAGAGUAUAACUACAUUUGAAAUAAAACUUCCAUCAGUACAGAUAAUAA